AUGAGUCGUACACGAUAUGAGCCCGUGCCUCAAAGAGACGAAACCAUUAUCCUGGAAAGCAUUCAUGGCUCUCCACAUUACAACUACAACUCAGGCCUAGCCAACAGCGUCGCAUCCUCCCGCUACGAACCCUCUAUCGCUGGCGGUCCUCCAGCACCUCCCUCAAUACCCAACUCACCCCCUCCCAGCUUCCACACACACUCCUCACCAGGAACACCCCGCCCAACUCCCAGCACAACCACCUAUGCCUCGCACCACUCGCACAACGAGUCCUCCGCUCCAUCAUACGCCGAGUUAUGGGGUGUCGCGCCCUCCACGUUCGGCGGGGACACCACGAACACCAACACAAUCGGCACGUCGAACGAUGCGCUUGCUACCAUUACAGGGCUAAAGCAGAGGAUUGAGUGGUUGGAGGAGAGUAUUGGACGAUUGCUGAUGGAGAAAGAUCAAAACGGGAAUAGGAACGGCAAUGGAAGUGGAAGCGACAAUGGGUCCGGCGUUGAGGGGAGAAAAGAGAGAGAUAACUGCUGCGUGACAUUCACGGAUGCGUCGCCUGAUCUGGAGAGGGCUUUGACGGCUGGUAAGGGCACGAACUGCUGUGUUACGUUUAGGAGUAAGAGUGAUGGGCGGCAGAAGAACAAGGGUCCGUUGCUGCUGUGUCUUAUUCUGUUUAUGGUUUGCUUGACGAUUGUAUCGGUUGCGGAGGCGGGCUCGAAGAAACAGUACCCGCCUGGAUCGAAUGACGGAGAGUUGAAUAAUGCGAAUCAGUCAUGA